AUGGCGGAGGUAGUUACCAGACUUGGGCAGCAGGAGACCAUCACUCCGCCGGUGCAGGCCACGGCGGACGACGCCACUGGCCUCGUGCAGAUGAUCCUUGAAGCCGCGCGGACUGUUCGCCGGGACAAGUCUCGGUGCCAGCAGCUCGCGCGGCAGGUGCUGCUGAUCGGCUACCUCCUGGCGAAGCUGGGUAGCCAAGGCGUGAUGCAGGACCCUCGGGUCGCGAUACCACUGGAGGGGUUGGAGGACACGCUCCGGCUGGCUUACGAGCUCGUGGAAUCCUGCCAGUACCCGGAGAGCGCCGCCUAUCGCUGCUUCUCCGUUGCCUUGUGUCGGAGCAGGCGCCAGGCCAAGCAAUUCCGGAGGCUGGAGGAGGAAAUGGGCGACUACCUCCGCCUAGACCCGUCCGUCCGCGAUGCUGGAGGUGCAUGCUCCAUCAUUCAACACUAA